AUGGAAGAAGAUGGACAUAAAAAGGUCGCCACGGCAUCGAGCGAAGAGACCAGCUCUGCGGAGCCGACGGGGCACGAUGACGCCGGAACCAAGCGGCCGUACUACGAGUGCACCUUCUGCAAGAGGGGUUUCUCCAACGCGCAAGCUUUAGGGGGGCACAUGAACAUCCACCGGAAAGAUCGAGCCAGGGAGCGGCCUUCGGUCUUGGAGAGGACCGAGGACGACUCGGACGGCUACCGACACCGCGACCAGUACGCUAACAGCUGCAGCGCCUUCUACCGCCCUCCGGCCUUCGAGCCAUUGAAGGGUUACACCAUGUACUUCCCACCUGCGUCGUCAUCGUCGCCAUCAACCGGAAGGGACGAGGCGAGGAUGAGUGUGGACAGCGGCUCGCAGAUGACACACGACACGAGCCGCUUCGGUGAAGACCUACGCUUGGGCUUGACCACUCAUGGUGGAGAAGGCAGGCAGGAGGAGGAGGAGGGAGCUGAACUGGAUCUGGAGCUGAGGCUCGGCCAUCAACCAUAA